AUGGCGUCCAGGCCGGGCAGGCGUCGCAAGCGGCAUCGGCGCAAGGGCAGCCCGGACCUGCGCGGCGCGAUGCGGCUGAAUCUAAGCAGCGGGGGCGAUGCGAUGGUGCUGCCGCGCAAGAGGCGUGUGCCGAGGACGCCGCGCCUGCUGGUGAUGCUGGAUGUGAGCGGGUCUAUGGAGCGGCACGUGCAGUUGCUGUUGCAGCUUAUUUUCGCGGUGUCGCAGCAUACGAAGCGGGUUGAGACCUUCGUGUUCAGCACUUCGGCGACACGGGUUACGCGGGAGCUGAGCGCGCCGUCGUUCAGUGAGGCGCUUGUGCGGAUCGGGAGCGUAGUGCGGCACUGGUCGGGUGGCACGCGCAUCGGAGAGGCGUUGGCGCAUGUGAACACGCGGCACGAGUAUGUUCUGAGCCGCUACACGACGGUGUUCCUGCUGAGCGACGGAUGGGAUACGGGGGAGCCGGAGCGCCUGUCGUAUGAGGUGCAGCGGAUGCGACGGCGGGUGCAUCGGGUUGUGUGGCUGAAUCCACUGCUGGGGAGCGAGGACUACCAGCCGCUGACGCGGAGUCUGCAAGCGGCGCUGCCAUAUAUCGACCAUCACGCAUCGGCGAGGGAUGUGGAGAAUUUGAAGCGGCUGCCUAGGUUGUUGCGGUGA